UUAACCUAUGAGCUGCUGUGAGGCGGUUUGUGACCGCGGCCGGGGAAAUGGCUGCUGGAGGUUGAGGAAGGCGGUGGGCGCUGGGCUCUCGCCAGCAUGAAACUCUGGCCUCAGAAUGACAGGAGACAUUCGAGCCAGAAUUCUGGAAUACCACACAGGCCAGGGAUUCUGAACAGCCGGUUAGUAGGGCCUGACAUGCAGAACGAAUUUGUUGCUGUGCACACUGGUAUCAGCCAACCCCACGCGCAGCCACUAACUGAAACCACAGGGGAAGGUGCUGCUUCGCAUCCUGACUUAUUUGUUGGGACUUCAGAGAGUGUGUCACAUCCUUCCAAAGAAGUUGUUCAAAUUCAAAUGGAUGCAUCUGAAGACCAGGGCAGGCGACUUGGAGCAGGACCUCAGCAUACAAACUCUUCUCAUUCGCACUUGCACUCUCACUUGCAUUCUCAUGCCAGAACGGAGGGUCCUGCAGGAGAAAGGUCUGAACUGGAUGACAGGGAACCCAACUCAGGCUCAAUCUCGGAACUUCGAUACCUCUUCCUUUGGCUUCAGAAGAGUCUCCCAUUUAUUGUCAUCAUUUGUGCCAAACUGAUUUUUCAACAUGCACUAGGUAUUGCAGUUGGUGCUGGACUGUGGAUAACUUCCCUUUAUGCAAACAAGAUAAUUAUAAAUCAGGUCUUCCUACAGGAGCGCCGCUCUGUAUUAGAGUGUGGCUGGUUGCUUGGGUUUCUAACUGCCUCCACCUUUCUCCUCUAUGACACUUUCCAGUCUCAGUCACUCUUCUACAGCUUAAUUUUUCUUCAUACCAAUGUCAAUCCUAUUGGAUUUUGGGAUGCACUGUGGAUUGUGGGAAUUGCAGACUUCACAUUGAAGUUUCUUUCUAUGGGAUUCAAGUGCCUUAUCCUAUUGGUGCCUUUAUCACUGAUGUCAUUCAAAUCAAGGGGUCAGUGGUACAUGAUCAUUGAAGAAGUGAACCAGUUCCACCGCUCUCUUGUGCCCAUGCCUGUUUGGUUUUGGUAUCUGAUUGGUAGUAAUGAAUCGGAUGGUUCCGUGUUCUGGACUUUGGGUAUUCUGCUAAGUUUGUUCUACCUCAUACUGAAGCUCCUUGGAAUCUAUGGCCGUUGGAGUACUUUCGGAAAGGCUUUGCAGUGUUUUUCCCGUAAACAGCAUUAUGGGAUUGCUGCCACCAAACAUCAGUGCAGUGACUCGGGAGAUAUUUGCCCUAUCUGCCAGACAGAAUUCAGAGAACCUAUUCUCCUCGUUUGUCAGCACAUAUUCUGUGAGGAGUGUAUCUCACUCUGGUUUAAUCAGGAGAAGACUUGUCCUCUCUGCCGGACUGUGAUCUUGGAUUAUGUUCAAGCCUGGCGAGAUGGAGCCACCUCCAUCCACCUCCAGUUUUACUGACCAGAUGACUAGGUCCUGUUGUUGACCAAUAGCAGCAGACCAGUAUUGAGUGCAACCAAAACUUAUCAACUCUUUGGAAAGAUAUUUUCAAAUUUUUCUUAAUAAAAACAAAUGAUAAAGAUAAAUGCUUUAUUUUUUAAGUGAAUAUUAUUCAAUGGUAAUAUUUUAAUUGUUGACAUAAUAAAUGUAUUGUUUAAUAUUACAUUACCUGUUACCAAUCUGGAAAUAUUUGCAUUUUGGCCACAGAUUUUCUGUAGCUGCUAAAUCAGGCUGUGGGUUCAGAUUUAAGUAUUUAUAAAUUUUAUAGUAAAUUGUCGUUCACUAUUUUCCAUCUAUCUCAAAGUCUUCUAAUUUUUGUAAUCGUUUAUUGUGCCUGUAAAUUACUGCUGCAUUUUCUUUUGAUUAAUUCCAAAUUAAUUAACUAAUUGAAAAUUCAAGAGCACCAGAUUAGUAAACUGAUGGAAUUAGCAUUGGAAUUUAAUAAAGCUCUCUGGGAUUUUUUUUUAAGCACAGUAAUUAUUUGGUGGUCUGGCAUCCGUGCCUAUUGCAUAGGAAUAUAAUUUGGUUUCAGCAAAUACAGUACUGGCAGUGAGGUUUUUAUUGUGGGAAUGGGUGUUGGAAAGAUCAAGGCUAGUAACUUGAAGCUGCCAAAGUUAUAUAAUUUGAUAAUAAACCAGUUGGUAUUUAAAAACCCUAUUGCGGUUCAGCUCUUAAAAGUAAAAGUGGACAGAUGCUAACAUUUCAAUGUAAUGGAGUUUGCAUAUCAGUGCGGCUGUAAUAUAUGGAAGCUGAAUUGGUUUCAUAAAAUCUUCAAUGAAACACAGUGGAAGCCCAUUGUAGCUGUGUUAAGAUGUACUGCCCUCACAUUGAGAAGUUGGACAUCCCUAACAUGGUAGAUGCAAUAUCAAUCCCCUUCUCUUCCCAAAAAGAACCAUUCUACCUGCCUGUGACAGCGAUCAUUUUAUUUAGAUAGGAUUAGGAUGAGGGAGUAAAACAGUAAAGUCAAGAUAAGACAAGUUAAUUGUGGGACAAAACUUAGCCUCAAAUUCCUUUUAAGACAGUUGAAUUACAUUUAUUAAUGGGAAGAAAAGGUCGAGGACCUAUUUUCAGGAUACAUUCAAAGCAAAUUAACUCCAGAUGGUUUAAUUGAUGGUGUGAUGAGAUGAAAGGUAAUGGGCAAGACAACCAAGGUGGUCUCCAAUAAUUUCCCACAUGCCUGCCUAUUUACGAGAAGCUCAAAGAUGGGCCUUCUCUACAAGUUACUUAAUGUUCCCUCCAUUCUUUCCCCCUUUAAUGCAGAGAAUACCAAAUAUCACUUAACCAAAAUCAGCUGUAGUGAUCAACAUUUGUGGCUAAGACUAUUUUGCUUCAAACCAACGCAGGAAAAACUGACAAUCUCUGCCUUUCGGUUCCUUCGUGCCUUGAGGUCAACCAGCACAUGUAGUCCAACUAUUCUGUGCUGCCUGCUUGGCAUAAUGUGUUCAAAUGGGCAAUUAACAGUAUCAUUAGUUUGGAAACCAACUUCAUUGUUUCAUACAAGAGGACUGGAUGCGGCACCUGUCUAAUCCUGGGACUCGGGGAAUCACUAUUCCAGUACUGGGAAAGGUGUUAAAAUAAAUCCCACAGUAAUAGUUUUGCAGAACUAGACUGCCUUAUCAUUGAGAUAAAACGUAGAAAUUACUGAUUGCUUCACUCAUUUUGCUUUCAAGAAUUUUAUAUGUAAAUAAAGUAACCCCAUUUGCUUGCACCUCCCCCAUCCCUACUCUCUCCCCUCCCCCAACUACAAAGAAUGCCAGAGGGUGUUCACCCAUCAGUUUUGCCCCAUCACUACUUAGUGAUACAUGCAGGGAGAGAAUGCUCCUUGUAACAUUAGCAGCUGCUGGAUUACUUUUCUAAAAUUGAAAAUUAGGAAUAUUUUUUUAAGAUCUUUUGUAUGGGACUUCUACAGUGUCCAUUUGCAGAUCCCUGAAAGUGGUGGGAAAACAAUUACAAGCCUGAACAUUUUAGAUUUUUUAAUGAGUCUUCUUCCUACCUGGGUGUAUGCUUAUGACAGUAUCUGAACUGAUAGAAUCUUUAGGUAUACAUAAUCAAAUAGGUACUUUAUUCUGAUCAGAUGGAGCAAAGGGGACCGUGAACAUGUUCUGUGAGUGCUAAAUCUCAAUCAUACAGUACAAGUGCAGCCUCUGCGCCAAAAAGCAGAAUCCAAUCUAGACUAGUUGCUCACUUAGGGGAAGAUGGGAUUCAAUUUCAGUAAAAUUAAAUCAAAGCAUUAGCCCAAAAUGUGUAUUUUUAAUAAUGUUAGCCAAGUAGACAUUCUGGACAUGCAGAUUUUCCUUUGUUCUGCAUUGACAGUAUUGUUUGUGACUUUUCUUUGCUUGGGAAAAUUCAUGGUGUAAGAAAAAUAUUUUCCAAUAAUUAUCUGGAUUAAUUAUAAAUAAAGUGAUUUAUCCCACGCC